AUGGCCGGUGGCAUUUUCUCCCCACUGGGGAGCUGCUCGGAGCUGGAGAAGGCCAACUGCCACCCGCUGGUCUGCCUGCUCUGCCACGAGCCCUACCAGCACCCCUGCCUGCUCGACUGCUACCACAACUUCUGUGCCAGCUGCCUGCGGGGCCGCGCCAGCGACGGCCGCCUGCGCUGCCCACUCUGCGGGCACCCCUCGGUGGUGAGGGGGGGCACGGGGCUGCCCCCCGUGGACCGGCUCCUGCAGUUCCUGGUGGACAGCUCGGCCGACGGCGAGGAGGACGUGCAGUGCGCCAACUGCGACCGGCGCUGCGCCAAGGCGGAGCUGGACACCAUGUACUUCUGCAACACCUGCGGGCAGCCCCUCUGCGCCCCGUGCCGCGAGGAGACCCACCGUGCCAAGAUGUUCGCCCGCCACGAGAUUGUCUCCCUCUCCAAGCGCACCAAAGACAUCCACAAGAAGUGCCCACUGCACGAGGAGCCCUACAUCAUGUUCUCCACCGAGAAGAAGUCCAUGCUCUGCAUCAACUGCUUCAGGGACAUGCAGGGGGAGAGCCGAGCGCACUGCAUCGACAUCGAGACGGCGUACAUGCAGGGCUGCCAGCGGCUAGACCAGGCGGUGAUGGCCGUGAAGGAGCUGCAGACCUCCACGCGUGAGGCCAUCGUCCUCCUCAAGGCCAUGAUCGAGGAGGUGCGCAACAGUGCCAGCGAGGAGGAGGCGGCCAUCAACUCCCUCUUCGGCCGCAUGCAGGAACAGCUCUCCGAGAGGAAGAAGGCGCUCCUGAAAGCUGUGCAGAGCCAGCACGAGGAGAAGGAGAAGGCGUUCAAGGAGCAGCUUGCCCACCUCGCCUCCCUGCUGCCCACCCUGCAGGUCCACCUGGUGACCUGCUCGGCAUUCCUGAGCUCUGCCAACAAAGCUGAAUUCCUGGACCUGGGCUAUCAAUUGAUGGAGAGGCUGCAGAGGAUCGUCAAGCUGCCGCACCGCCUGCGGCCGGCCCAGACCAGCAAGAUUAACAGCGAGUACCGGGCAGAGUUUGCCCGCUGCCUGGAGCCCCUGCUGAUGCUCAGCCCCCGUCGCUCCGUGGUGGGCAGCGCCGGCGGCAUCGGUCCUGGCAUCGCUGGCACGAACAUGCUCCCCGGUGGCCAAUGCUCCAAGACCCUCAUGGUGCCCAGCUGCCCCCCCACUGGUGAUAAAAUGUCCACUGGCCCCAUCGUGCGGAAGCCGACGAUGCACCGGUACAUCAGCACCAAGGUCCUGCUGGCUGAGGGGCGCGAAACCCCCUUUGCCGAGCACUGCCGCAACUAUGAGAACACCUACCGGAUGCUGCAGACGGAGAUCCAAGGCUUGAAGGACCAGGUGCAGGAGCUGCACCGUGACCUCACCAAGCACCACUCGCUCAUCAAGACAGAGAUCAUGAGUGAGAUCCUGCAGAAGUCCCUGCAGAUGGAUGUGCAGAUCGCAGCUCACUACUCCGCCGUGGAGAUGAUGCGCAGCGUCUUUGAGGAGGUCUGGGAGGAGACGUACCAGCGGGUGGCAAACGAGCAGGAGAUCUACGAAGCCCAGCUCCAUGACCUGCUGCAGCUACGGCAGGAGAACAGCUGCCUGACCACCAUCACCAAGCAGAUCGCGCCCUACGUCCGCUCCAUCGCCAAGGUGAAGGAGCGGCUGGAGCCCAGGCUGCAGGAACCCCGGGAGCCCAAGGAGGAACAGGCACAGAUGCUGCUCAAGAUCUGUGACGACAGCAAAGCGGAGCCAAGAGACGCCUCGGCCGGUGGCAAGGAGGGGGCUCCGGCCAGCCCUGGGGAGGGCUACGUGCCCAGCAGCGACCCCGGAGAGCCCUCCCCAAAAAGCAAACACUGCUGCAGGGGCCAGCAGAAAAGCGGGGCUGAGAGCACCGCCCAGAAAGAGCUUGCACCAUAG